AUGGAAGAAGCUAUAUUAUGUGGAGAUUUUGACCACAUUCCCACUGAAGAGGAGACGGGAUGUAUUCAGGUUUUCCUGUGUGCAGAUCCUAUCGAUUCUGAAAAGGAAAGGAGGGCUCUCAGGACCAAUGUAUAUGCAAAGCUGAGAGAAUACUGUCGACACUUCCAUGGGCUAGACUUCCAGGUGCUGGAUGGAUAUGAGGGAGUUCUUCCGGAACAUUAUUAUAGCUCCAGUGUUCGAAAAUCCCGUAUGCGGCUCCUUGAGAAAUGCCUGCGAUCACCAACUGGUUCCUGCUUUCUGGCCUUUAUAGGGGAAGAAUAUGGUGAACCCUGCCUACCGGCUCAGAUCGAUUGCGAUGAGUUUGAGAACGUCCUGAAUGCAGCUGCAGAAAAUGAGCUUUGCACAAUGAGUCUGGAACGUUGGUAUCUGCGGGAUGAAAACGCCAUUCCACCAGUUUAUAGCCUGCUUGAUAAAGAGGAAGACCUUCCACAUGUUCGGAUGAAGGACGGAGCUGGGCCUCAGGGCCUCGGUCAGGACUGGUUCUAUGAUGCUUCCCGUGAAAUGAUGAAGAUCUUCCAUACGGUGGUACCUCUGUGUGUGCAGGCGGGGAGUAUGAAACCCAAGCAAGCUGAUAAAUAUUUCAAUUCAGCUUUAGAAGAAGAAUUGUUAUUUCUGUUAGAAGGCCAUGGUGAGGAUCUGCUGGAGAGAUGCAUCUGCUACAUACAUAAAGUACCGUACAAAGCUAUGCUAAAGCAGAGAGCAAUUUCAGAACAUAUCGGACAGCAUCAAGGCUAUACUAAACUCUGUCAUAUCAGGGAUUCCUUAAUACCAUCCCAGAGUGGGAAGAUGCACGUGUACAGCACAACCACCACCUGUGAUGUUAAGGUGGGCUACACAGAGGAAAAAGAGCAACAGUAUAUAAUGGGCCUAUGCCAGCAGCUUUAUGCGGACAUGGUGAAGUUAAUUCAGAAAAGACGGCCCAUGUCUCCAUCAUUCGCCUGUAAAAACAGGACAGAGGAGGCCUUGCAACACCUUUCCCUCUGUAACAUGUUUGCUGACCUUCAGCAGUACGAGACCAAGGAGACAGAGGACAUUAAAAAGUACGUUCUACAAGACACAUCCCGGAAGUCACUGAUGGUGUUUGGAGAAGCUGCUAGUGGGAAAACAGUUCUCCUGGCCUCCUGUGCCAAGAAGAUACGAUCUUGGAAUAUAGACUCUGAUCCAGCUUUGGUGAUUCGGUUUGUAUCUAUGUUGGAGGAACCCAUCACUCUAAAUCGACUUUUACACAGUCUAUGUCAACAGUUAGCAGAUAUUUACCAUAGAGAGAUUCCAAGGAAUCUAGAAAGUAUCGAUGUGUUAAAAAAAUUGUUUGCUGGCCUUCUACAAGCAUCUACCCAACAAAGACCCCUCUAUCUCAUACUGGAUGAUGUGGACCCUCUUAUACAAAAAGAAAACAUUCACUGGUUACUGUUUCCUGUUCCACCAUUUACAAGGAUCAUUGUAUCAAUAACACAGAAAAAAAGUGUAGAGUUUGGCUUGGUGACAUCUUUGUACCAAGACCACACCAUACUUCUUGAAGUCAAACCUUUGAGAAAAGAAUGUAAUGCAAACCUUAAAAUGAGACUGAUGAAACAAAAUAGAAAGAUCACAUCGGGACAGCAGGUGUAUGUAAAUAGGUCCUUAGCGACAAACACUUCUCCUUUACAGAUGUUACUACUCUUCAAGGAAGUUACCCAAUGGAAGUCAAACAAAAAUGUAGAUAAUACAUCCCUUGGAGAAAAUAUACAUAAAAGCAUUGAAACCUUGUUCUGCGCACUUGAGAUGAAAUAUGGCUAUGCCAUCCUCUUUCGAGCAUUAAGUUAUAUCACAUUGUCCAGGUCUGGUAUUGCUGAAGCUGAACUGGUAGAUUUAUUAUCAGCAGAUGACAUGGUCCUUGCACACUUGCAUGAUUUAAAUGAUACAGUAAGCCCUUUAAGAGUGCCAGAUGGGUUAGUUGCCAAUAUCCUACUUGACUUAAAAGGUUGUCUGUCUCAAAAAAUAGUUACAGGCUUCCAAAUUGUGUGUUGGGCAAACAGGAUUUACCAGGAGGUUGUAUAUAGCCAAUAUCUAAGCAGCUCAGAUAUAGAAAACACAUUGCAUGUGAAUAUGAGUAACUAUUUUAGUGGACGCUGGGCAUGUGGAAGAUCCAAGCCCGUAUCAAUAAAAAAAAAGCACAAUCCACCAAAUGGAGAGCCUAGUUUAAAUCCUGAUGGCCCCAAUGUCCCUGUCAAGAUUUAUGUUGACUGUCAACUUCCCUCCCAGCCGUGGGUUUUCGCAAUGCAGUCAAGUCAACAAAAUACUGAUAUUGGCAAUAUAAGAAAGGCAUAUGAGCUUCCAUUCCAGCUGAAACAAUGUGGUAAAUUAGACAAUCUCUACAACGAUGUUCUCAUGAAAUUGUCUUAUUACAAAGUGCUUUUAAAAGCAGGACUCUUUCAAUUCUUGAUCCACAGCUUGGAUGAGGCAGCACAGUUGACUGAAAGAGAAGAAGUCUUCUUUAUCUGUGACUUGUUGAAAGAGAUCAGGUGUCUGCUAAAUGAGAAUCCAGACAGUUUUGAAAAUAUUUUGCAGUCUAAAAUGGCGUCUUUAGUGUCUAAGUAUCCAUAUCUUUUGAAACUUGCCAAGCAAUUGUAUUGUGAAGGCUCCAAGAGUUCCUCCAUUGUUGUUUUGCGCACUCCACUCACUGGUGUCCAAGCCUCCAAGGUCAAGCUACCAGACACAUCAUCUGUUGUUAGUAUUUUGGAAAUGAAAGCAAAACCUCUGUUAAUAAUUGUAUUGGAAAAUGGCUGUGUUUACACUUCCUCCUUAAGAAAGAACAUAACUUUAGAGCUUCAGUUUUCAGCUCCAACACAAGUCAGAGAUGUCACUCUAGAGAACAAGGGUGGAUGUCUUUCCCUUUUCACCAAAAAUAAUUCAUUUCUGCUUCUUGACUGUUCAUCUUGGGUAAUUCUUCAAGAGUUUACAUUUAGUAAUUCCCAAGAACCUGAACAUAUUCCUAAAAGCUGUCAUUUAACAAACAUGGCUCUGUUUGUGUGCUUUAAAAAUUCUCCCAUAGUUCGAAUUUACAAUGUCCAUUCAGGUGCCAUACUUAAUGAGGUAACUGUCUCGCAAGAAGUGACAUACUUUGGAUGUGACCGCAGUGGGAAAUAUACAAUUUUAGGACAAACAAGUACAAUUUUAAUUUGCAAGAAUCUGGAUUUUUCUCUUAAAAUUCAUCUUUCUUUGGAUUUGAAUAUUUCAAUGCACUCAAUAAGUUAUGUUUAUAUACAAGAUUCUCUAGUGUAUAUUAUUGACAAAGCAAGCAAUAUAAAUGUCUGGGACAUUGAUGAUCCAACAGAACCUCAACUUGUAGAUGAACUUUUCACUCUGGAGGAAAAAAAUGAGAUAAUCUCAUCAGACAUCACUCCAGAAUGGCUAUUAAUUUGUAGAUCAAAAACCAUAGAUGUCUGGAGAACAGUGGACUGGGAAAGUAGUCAUUUUAAACCUUCUAAAGAUUGUACAUUUAUUUGCUGUGUAUUUUCCCCCAGUUGCGAAGAAAUCAUUGCAGCUGUGGAAAAUUGUUCCACAGUAUUUGUGUGGAACCGAGAGAGUGGACAAUGCAUUUCUAUUUUCCAACUAGAAGAUGGAGAUAUCAGUCUGCUUACCAAGUGCCUAUAUCUAAGAAGCUUAGUAGCAGUCACAACAGGAGGUUUCUUGAUGUUGUGGGACAUAAAAGCAGUGGUCUCCUCAAAUGCUUUCUCCCAAACAGGCCGCCCAGUUAAGUUUUUACUUCUUUGUCCCCAAGGAAGUGCAGCCUACACUGCUGAUGGUUCUGAUAUGGUUUGCAAAUGGGAUAUCUUGUGUUGCAAGAUUAGAAACAUUUUUUCUCAUGGAGAUCUUGUAGAAAUGAUUAUAUUAACAGGAAAUGGGGAGCUGCUAGUUACAUCUGUUGUGUCUGGAGACCUCUAUGUUUGGGUAACUGAAACUGGAGAAAAUAUCCAUUACAUCCAAGGCAAUUCUGUAUCACAAUUACUUACAGCCCCUAUCUCCAAUAUAGUGAUUACUCUGUGCAAAGAUGGAGUUUCGAGAGUUUGGAAUCCUACAACAGGACACAUUGUUUGUAAAAUACAUAUUUAUCUCCGCUCGGCAGUCGUUACUCCUCAAGGCACCUUCCUUGUUGGCUUGCAUGGUGACAAACUUCUUGCCGUCAGUCUUUGGUCAGGAUUGGUCAGUAAGGAGUUCCAUCAAGCCAUGGAGAAGACAAGCACCAUAGUCAACUUUCAGUGUUUGAAAAGUCAACCAGAUUUCUUAGUUAUCAUGACCGCUGUUGGAGACAUUUAUACGUGGGAUGUGGUAGAAGAAACAGUUUGCAACCAAGUCAAACUACCAAUCAGUUUUUCGCAACCACAAAGCUCAUUUCAAGUUUCAUCCAAUGGAAACACCAUAGUCUUGACUGUGAAUAAAACUGUCUAUGUUUUCAACACACGUGAUGGCCAACUGGGACUUAUUCAUGAGCCAAACAUAAUUUUGCAUCAACAGUUAACUAAAAGUGGUAAAUAUUGUUUUUACGUUUGUCAUGGUAAUCAAACUAAAUGCCAUUGUCAGUUCCAUACAAACCCUAUCCUGAAUGUUAUAAAAGUGUUUAAUGGAGAGAAGACUGGCCAGUGCCAUCUUGGUAAAAUGCCAACUGCUGUAGCCAUGUCUGAAGAUGACCAUACUGUCUGCCUUGGGUUUGAAGACGGGACUCUUGGCUUGUACUCAGUAAGAGAUAUGAGUGAGGGCAACACAAGCACUAAACAUUUGUUUUCUAGUCUAACAAAUAAAAGAACAACUGAAAACGUAGCUGUGAAAAUAUUUAUAGGAAAACAACUUGCAGACAUCGUAUGGAGCAAUUCUCCAUCUAUUGAUUGUUCUGAAUUGGGACUCACCAGCAAAGCAGGUUUAAAUUAG